CACUCGGCCAAGUACACCUCGACUCUACAGAGAGAUCCUACAAUGCAUAUAUGUAUUAUGAUAUCAUGAUCCUCAUCUCCCUCCGGCCAUGUCGUCCUCCCGAGUGAUGCCUGCGGGCACCUUGACAACCACCCACGACUUCGAGGCAUUAGAUCCGGACUCGUACACUGCCCACCGACUGAAGCAUGCCUCUCCCGAUCAUUUACACCUUACCUCCCGCCGGUUCUUCAUUGGCCCCAUACCCGAAGGCUGGCUCAAUAGUAACAGGAAGUCAUGGUACAGGCAAAGAUUUGAGCUGAGUACCUAUUCAUCAAGAACAGCAAGCUUUAACGCAGCUGCCGACACUGGGCCUUACCAUCGAACUUUGACUGGACUAGGUGGUCCCUCGACAGCAGCAAGGAUAUCAUUUAGCUUUCCACAACCAGAAGAUGUCUACGAUGAGGAUUCAAGUGUAGGCGACGAAGCGCAGGAAGAGACUCCGGAAGAGGAAGAAGUUAUUGAGACAACAAACAUCGAGCCUAUUGCAACAAGUGAAAUACCACGUAUAACAGGAGUUGAAGAGCAAAAUGUGGGCGGUAUCGCGUCUCCGAAAGCCAUACCGGUCCCUGCAGAUAAGGGAUUAGAUGGAACGAGAAACAAACCAAGCGUGAGUGCGCAAGGGAGCGCCAUGUCACCAGAUCCUGCAUCCUUCUCAACUGCAAGGGAGCAUGCCUUGGCGCCACCCGGAGCAGACUCGCCUCUGUUGGAAGGCCGUCGGUCUGGACAAGACACCGAUCAGAGCGACACGGAUGGUCAUGAUUUUAAUAGGACUUCUUCCAACGUGGAGACGAGUUCUAGGACGGCUUUGUUACCUCCGCAAGCUGGACCGUCAGCCACCAAGACUCUUCGAGAACGUGAACCCUCUCCUAUACGGGACGACAGUUCGUAUCAAUUAAAGCGUUCUGCUACGGGCGUCAGAUUCAAGGUUGCAGAAGGAGUACAGCAACGCAGACGGCGGAUAGAGAGCAAAGCAGAACGAGCUAUAGACCGUGUGGCCGAUCACAGGUUACGACGCAACGCCCUGAAAGAGGGAACUAUUGUCAAGAUGGAGAGGAUGCUGGUUAGGUGUGACCUGGUCAUGCAGUCUCUUCCAGAAGAUUUUGACGAGAAUGAAAGUCAGAAGGUAGAGAUGAGGUUGCUUGAGAAGUGGCGUGAGUACAUGGUUGUUGCCAGGAAAAGCAAAAAGCAAGACGUCGAUGACUUUCGGCUACAAAUAUACAAGACCAGAGUCAUCCCGGAGAUUGACACCGAGUCGACCAAGAAGAAACCACAACAUGAGAUCAGGCUUGACCCCAAAACCACAAGGGUCAAUAUGUACUCAUCUCUGGACAAGACAGUGGUUAUUUGGCAUCCCUACAAGAAAGGGACCCGGGUGUUUGUGAUGAGGCCGAGUUCAACUGCACAUUCAGUGGAAUGGUAUACCUUCCUUCGUGAUGCUCUAGGAUGGCAAAGACCGGACAUGUUGCAUGUCAAUGUUCCAGAUCUUGAUGUGGUCCUGAAACUAGACAGGCCUUUUGAAGGACUUGAGGCUGCAGGUCUUGGCGCUACCGACGAGCAGACUGCCUUCGCCCAAACCGUUGAGGCCGAGAAGGCAGUCGCCGGCACGAUCAUCUCGCAAUGCAUUGACAUGCUGGAAGGCGACCCAGAGUGGUCUAGUGUACUCAAGGUCUGGAGCGAAACAGCAAAGAUGGGCCUUGCCUGGAAGAGAUAUGAUAGACUGGAAUGGGUGUAUGGUACUAAUGAGCAGAAGAUGUAUGGGUCGAUGGCCAUGCAACGAUCUCAUGACCUCGAAUUGCGGCCGAAACAGCACUAUCCAACGUGCGCUCACGGCAGAAAGGGCAAGCUGCAUGAGGAACCUGCACCUAUUGAAGGCUUUCUUGUUCGUCUCACCUCUCAAAAAGGAGUCCAGCAGAGGUUUGGCAAGGCAUUUUUCAAACGACUAUAUUUUUCCACCCAUGACCAGUUUCUGAUGUUCAAUCGACCCGCAAAAGCAACUCCUCCACAUCCGCCUCGACUGGCCACGAUUGGUGGUAGAGACAUCCCCUCGUCACACGAGAUUAUCGAGAAGACACCGUUGAUGUUUGAUGUGGAACCUUACAAACUGAAGGAUGGUGAAGUCUCCUGGUUGACUUCCGGGAACAGACUGGCCAUCCAGGAUCACGACCGUGACGCUCUCGAAGAAUCACGACGCAUUGUGGCCAAUCUUUUGCAGUCUGAUGGUUUCAUCAAUUUGUGCUAUGUGCGGAAAGUACGGACCAUCAAAUGGGGCGCUUCUCCAGCUGAUGAUACCCUCGAGGCUGGUUCCGACUCGGACGUUGAUUUUCAUCAGGACGUCUCCGACACACGGAUGGAGGACGGUACGACCAAACAGAUUGAUGAUGACCGCGUCUUUGAGAUUCUCCUUGACAAUGGUCUGGUGAUUCGCUUGCAAGCAUAUUCCAAGCAGACUCGAGAUGAGUGGAUCAGUCGACUGAAAAAGCUGGUUAAGUACUGGAAGUUACGUACAGCUGCGGAGAUGGAUACGUACAAAGCGAUCCGACGAGCCAAUCUUCAGGAGCUCAAUGUGGACGAGGAACUGGAAGCUAUUAUCGGACAGUUUGCGAAGAAGUGGGAAGUAAGUCGAAGUCAGGCCAGUCCAGAGCUUUACAACAUGUGCGGAAUCAGUGUAUGUCGGAGCAUUAUCAUGGCUGGCCCACUCUACUUGAAAACACGGCGUCGCUCAACCUUUCAUCGCAGCCAGGUCAUUUUAACCGGUGGAAAGCUUCUGAUAUACCAGGCCACAUUGAGGAAAAGGACAGGCGAGCAGAUCCGCCAUAUCCACCAAGAAAAGCAACAGGCCGUUGACUUGAGGGAUUGUUAUGUGUACAGCGGCUUGAUCGUCGAAGAUGAUCUGCUGUAUCAGAACAAGACCUUCGACGCGAAUCAUCCGGGCAUGGCUAGUCUGCCGCGUGUGUACCUCGAAGAUGGCUGGACCAGUGCGGAUGUCGACGUCAUGACUUGUUUUGUCGUGUGGAUGAACCGACGGAAGGGAUGGUUCCGCACUGCAUCUGUUGAAGAUAAGUCCGCGGAUGGCAACGCCGAAGAUGGCAAGACGAGAGGCAAGACCAGAGCCAAACUGCGCAGAGUCGGACAGCUUGGUGUACCGGGUCGUGGAAUGGUAUUCAAGUGUCGUUCUCGAGCCGAACGGGAUCGCUGGGUUCUAAGUGUGGCCAGCGAGAUUGAAAGGGUCGUUGAGCACGAGGUUGAAGAACUUGGUGACGAGGGUGAAUUCAGAUUCGACAAUUGAGGGCUUGAUCUGCAGUGAUUCAAGCAUUCGAAUGACUUGGGCGAGAGUCUGCGGGCGUUUCGUCGGCGUAUAAUUAAGCAAAGCAUUAUGAGCGGGCAUUUCUAGGCAGUGGCAUGCUUGUUAGUAUUAGGCAUAUUUUGGACUGGAGGGAGCGAAGAUCGUCUGGCCAGGGGUAAGACGGUAAAUGGUACGCAGUCGCCCCAACAGUGGCGAACGAUUGAUUCUUCCAGCAUGGCUGAACGGGCGCAAGGGAAGAAAACUGGGAAGGGUAUUGUUAUGAAGCACAUACGUGACUAGCUAGUAAUAUAAUUGGUAUUGAUCGUUAA